AGGUUACAGUCAUAAUAGUUAGUGCUCGAAAAAAAGUGGAAAAAGUCACUUUUGACGGAGUCAUUUCGGUUUUGGAAAUCGAGAUGUAUAUUUUUCGGUAGUAUUCGUCUCGGUUGUAUUCUACUUGAACCAAUGUCUUAAUCCAACUCGUUAGUUUUUCAACGGGUCUCCAGAGUAAUGAUUGUGUGACAGUUUUCAUAAAAUGAGAAGAACCUCGAACACUAAAGAGAUGUUCAUCGUUAAAGCCUUAGAAAAGAUCUUGAAUGACAAAGAUGUUCGGAGAGCCCAUAAUGCAGAGCUGCGGAAGGCGUGUGAGCAUGCUUUAGAGGAAAUCCGGAAGGAGAUCAAGGAUGGUGGUGAGGUGGAAGAAGCAACAUCUUCUGCACUGCCUCUUCCAAGAAACGAUGCUGGUAACACGGUCACUGCUGAAAAGUAUUUUCUCCCGUUUGAGUAUGCCUGCCAAAGUAAAUGCACCAGGAUCAUCAUCACAGCAUUAGAUUGUCUGCAGAAAUUAAUUGCAUAUGGUCAUCUAACUGGUAGCUUGGUGGAUCCAGACAAUGCUGAGAGACUUUUGAUUGAUCGGAUAAUAAAAACGAUAUGUGGCUGUUUUGUUGGGCCUCAGACUGAUGAAGGUGUCCAACUUCAAAUCAUUAAAGCCUUAUUGACCGUCGUGACAAGUCAGCAUGUUGAAGUUCAUGAUCAGACGGUGCUGAUUGCUGUGAGAACAUGCUAUGACAUUUAUUUGGCAAGUAAAAACCUCAUCAAUCAAACCACUGCCAGAGCUACCCUCACGCAAAUGUUGAAUGUUAUUUUUGCCCGAAUGGAAAGUCAAGCGGCUGAUGAAGCAGCUCGCCUUCGUGGUGUGCCGGACAUCAUCGCAACUGUUCCCUCGGAGCAGCCUGGGGAGCAGCAAAAUGAAGAAUCCAGCGAACCACCCGCAGCUCAAUCAGCAGAUGUACCAGUGGAGCCUUCAUCGGAUCAAGCAGUUGAAAAACCGCCAGAAAAAUCGGAGGAAGCUCCAGUUGAAAUAGAAGAAGAAAUUGUCGAGGCUGUCCUCAACGGUUUAAUCGAAGCAGUUGUUCAAAGUUGUGAUAAUGAAAAACCCGUCUCACCAGUGGCAGAAAGUGGACUUGCAGAAGCAAAACUGCCGUCUAUUGCAGGGAAUGGCCCAUCCAACCACAUGCAGACUGAGUGGAGCAGUCACCUUCCUCCACCAGAAUCGGACCAAAUGGAAUCAAGUGAGGGUGACACCAAGAUUGCUUCUCAGUUUACACACAUUUUGCAAAAGGAUGCUUUCCGAGUUUUUCAAGCCUUGUGUAAAUUAUCUAUGAAACCUUUACCUGAUGGUCAACCAGAUCCAAAAUCUCUGGAACUGCGAUCGAAAAUUUUAUCCCUUCAACUGCUUUUGUCAAUCCUGCAAAAUGCAGGUCCCGUUUUUCGUUCCAAUAUUAUGUUUGUCACCGCAAUCAAACGUUACUUGUGUGUUGCGCUUUCCAAAAAUGGCGUUUCGUCAGUUCCUGAAGUGUUUCAACUAUCUCUAGCAAUUUUCUUGGCUCUUUUGUCUAGGUUUAAAAUGCAUCUAAAAAUGCAAAUUGAGGUAUUUUUCAAAGAAAUAUUUCUGAAUAUCCUAGAAACAUCUAGUUCCUCAUUUGAGCAUAAAUGGAUGGUAAUUCAAGCUUUAACAAGAAUUUGUGCUGAUGCUCAAAGCGUUGUUGAUAUGUAUGUAAAUUAUGACUGUGAUUUAUCAGCAGCUAAUCUUUUUGAAAGGCUAGUAAAUGACCUAUCCAAAAUUGCCCAAGGAAGACAAGCACUUGAAUUAGGAGCCACUCCAAAUCAGGAGAAACAAAUGCGUAUUCGGGGACUUGAGUGUUUAGUUUCAAUUUUAAAAUGUAUGGUUGAAUGGAGUAAAGAUUUGUACGUUAACCCCAAUUCUCAAACAAAUUUAGGUGCGGAAAGAAAUGUCCGUGGUAAUGAAAUGACAAAUGAUUUAACGGCCUCAUCAACUCCUAAAAAUAGUCUACAUUCCUAUGGUAGCAAUACUAGUUUAAAUUCUAUUAGUUCUGGAAAUAAGGAAGCACCAGACACUCCUCAGCAGUUACAAGUUCAGAAACAUCAAAAGGAAGUUUGGGAGACUGGCAUUGAUAUGUUCAACCGUAAGCCAAAGAAAGGUAUUUCCUUUUUGCAAGAACAGGGUUUACUUGGGAACAGCCCUACUGCCGUUGCUGCCUGGCUUCAUGUAGACGAAAGAUUAGACAAGACAGGAAUCGGCGAUUUUCUGGGGGAGAAUGAUGAGUUCUGCCGAGAGGUCAUGUAUGCCUACGUAGACCAACUGCAGUUCACAGGAAGAGAUUUAGUGUCAGCAUUGCGGUAUUUUCUGGAAGGUUUCAGACUGCCUGGUGAAGCUCAAAAAAUUGACAGAUUGAUGGAGAAAUUCGCUAGCAGAUAUUGCGAAUGUAAUCCAAACAAUGGGCUUUUUGCCAGCGCAGAUACAGCGUAUGUCCUAGCUUACUCUGUCAUCAUGUUGACCACGGAUUUGCACUCACCACAAGUUAAAAAUAAGAUGACCAAAGAACAGUACAUUAAGUUGAAUCGAGGCGUAUCGGACAGCCAGGACCUACCUGAGGAAUAUCUCAGUCAAAUUUACGAUGAAAUCGCAGGGCACGAAAUAAAAAUGAAAGCCACUAGUAAACCAGGGAAGCAAAUAAUAUCCUCAGAGAAACGGAGAAAGGUUUUGUGGAACAUGGAAAUGGAGACAAUAUCCACUGCAGCUAAAAAUUUAAUGGAGUCAGUGAGUCAUGUUCAAGCACCGUUUACAUCAGCGAAACAUUUAGAACACGUCAGACCCAUGUUCAAGAUGGCAUGGACACCACUUCUGGCAGCAUUCAGUGUUGGCCUUCAAGACUGUGAUGAUCAGGAAGUCGCCUCACUGUGUCUUGAAGGCAUCCGAUGUGCCAUUCGUAUCACAUGCAUUUUUCAUAUGACUCUAGAAAGGGAUGCAUAUGUACAAGCGCUAGCAAGAUUCACCCUACUGACAGCCAACUCACCCAUCACUGAAAUGAAAGCAAAGAACAUCGAAACAAUUAAAACACUCAUCACAGUCGCUCACACUGAUGGAAAUUAUUUGGGAAGUUCAUGGCUAGACAUAGUGAGGUGCAUCAGUCAGCUAGAAUUAGCUCAAAUGGUGGGCACUGGUGUCCGCUCUCAGUUCCUAUCACUCACAAAGACAUACCCCUCCGUCGAUACUCUUUCAUUGAAGUUGAACCUCACAUCUUUAGAUCCAAGUGUUAAAGAAUCGAUUGGUGAAACAAGCAGUCAGAGUGUUGUUGUCGCUGUCGAUAGAAUUUUUACUGGUUCCACGCGACUCGAUGGUAACGCCAUUGUUGAUUUUGUACAUGCGCUUUGUCAAGUAUCGAUGGACGAGCUGUCGAAUCCAAAUCACCCUAGGAUGUUCAGCUUGCAGAAAAUUGUGGAAAUAUCAUAUUACAACAUGGGCCGUAUUAGGUUGCAGUGGUCCAGAAUUUGGCAAGUAUUAGGUGAACAUUUUAAUCGAGUUGGAUGCAAUCCUAAUGAGGACAUCGCCUUCUUUGCUCUUGACUCAUUACGCCAGCUGUCCAUGAAAUUCAUAGAAAAAGGAGAAUUUGCCAAUUUCAGAUUCCAGAAAGAUUUCUUGAGGCCUUUUGAAGUCAUAAUGAAGAAGAAUAGCUCAUCCACCAUUCGAGAUAUGGUUGUGCGGUGCAUCGCUCAAAUGGUAAAUUCACAAGCCAAGAACAUUCGCUCGGGUUGGAAGAAUAUUUUUAGCAUUUUUCAUCUGGCGGCAUCUGAUCAGGAUCAAGCAAUUGUUGAACUAGCUUUCCAGACAACAACUCACAUUAUCAAUGAACUUUAUGUACAACAUUUUGGAAUUAUGAUCGAUUCCUUCCAAGAUGCUGUCAAGUGCCUGUCAGAGUUUGCAUGUAAUGCGAGCUUUCCUGACACAAGUAUGGAAGCUAUAAGGUUCAUUCGAACUUGCGCAGAUUGUGUCAAUGAUAAACCUCAAUUAUUCGCCGAGUAUUGCCUUGAAGAGACUGCUGCAACAGAAGAGGACCGUGUUUGGGUUCGUGGUUGGUUUCCAUUGCUGUUCGAACUGUCCUGUAUCGUCAGCCGGUGCAAGCUAGAUGUUCGGACAAGAGCCUUGACUGUCCUGUUUGAGAUGAUCAAAACUCAUGGUGGUGCUUUCAAGCCACACUGGUGGCGGGAUCUCUUCAAUGUUCUCUUUCGUAUUUUUGAUAAUAUGAAGUUACCUGAACAUUACACGGAAAAAGCUGAAUGGAUGACGACAACUUGUAAUCAUGCCUUGUAUGCAAUUGUUGAUGUCUUCACGCAAUAUUUUGAUACCCUAGGUCCUCUUUUGUUGCCCGAUUUAUAUUCUCAGUUGCAUUGGUGUGUUUUGCAAGUUAAUGAACAGUUAGCCCGAUCUGGAACAAAUUGCCUGGAAAAUCUAGUCAUUUCAAAUGGACCAAAACUAAGCGAAGAAACGUGGACAGAGACUUGUAAAUGUAUCUUAGGCAUGUUUCAAAGUACAAUCGCUCAUGAACUACUCACUUGGACUGUCGAAAAUGGCGAGUUGCCGCAUGUAGAAAUUGGAAAACAAUCAGGCAUUUUGAAACGGUCCAGUAGUACUUUCAGUGUGCAGAGUAACGCUAGUAAUACAAGCAACGCAUCUAUGAUGGACGAAAGUGCCUCAAAGUCUUUGGCUGUGUUCUCUGGUAUAUCAAUAAAGUGUGAAGUUCAGCUGGAACUCAUUCAAACGGUCGAUAAUAUUGUAUUCUAUCCUGCCACAUCUAGGAAAGAGGAUAUGGAGAAUCUUGCUUUUGCUCAAGCUGAACUUUUACAUAAGGAAACAAAAAUUCCAGAACAACAGCGCAUGGAGCAGGGAAUGUAUCAUAAUCUGACAGCACAGCAUUUGUUUACCUUAGUAGAUUGUCUUCUUCAGUCUCAUUCUUUUGCGAAGACUUUCAAUUCAAAUCAUGAACAACGUAAUCUGCUAUGGAAAGCAGGUAUUCACAAAGCAGGAUUUAAAGGUUCAGGGAAACCGAACCUGCUGGCUCAAGAAACUCAAAGUUUAGCCUGCGUGUUGCGGAUACUUUUUAAAAUGGCUGGAGAUGAGGAACGUCGUUCUGACUGGCCUGAAGUAGAAAAACGGCUGAUAUCUGUCUGUCAAGAAGCACUUCAGUAUUUCAUUUGCCUCCAGUCAGAAGCCCAUUGUGAUGCAUGGAUGAGCAUAAUGUUGCUCAUAUUCACAAAAAUUUAUAAAAUGCCUGAUGACAAGUUCGUUGUCCAUGCAUCAAGCUAUUAUAACCUUUUGUGUGAACUUUUCUGUUUGAAUUUAAAAUUGGAACUACGCUCGGUGCUUCGCAGAUUUUUCAUAAGGAUCGGCACAGUAUUCAGCAUUACAUGAAAAGAGCAAGAUUUUUUUUGGACUGGGUAAGUAUUUGUCAAGUUUUCUCUGACAGUUUCAAAGAGUCCCAAAAGGUAAAAUGAAAAGAUAAUUGUGUUUGUAAAAGUUUUUGGGGGAAAAAAAUCGGGUUUGACGAAUUUGUAAGUCAUGAAAAUUUGAAAUGUACGGAGGUAUGCUCAAAUUUCCUAGGAUGGACUAAAAAAAUAAUUACGAUCAUUCUAAAGAAAUUAAAGCAGAGUUUCUGUAAACCAAUAAAUUUUAAAGAAUUGGUAAAAAUCAUGGAAGCAUUUUCCAUGAUUUAUACAUUUUUUAAGGAAAAAAAAUUGCAAUUCAUGCCAGUUUAGUUAGACACAACAAGAAAGUUUUCACAGAAAUUUUUAAAAAUACUUACAAUACAAUUUGAUGAAAAUAAUAAUUGAGUUUAGAGAAGUGAUUAGGUAAAUAGUGCCUUCAAAGGUAGUAAAAAACCUUUAUCAUGUCAAUUUGUUUUUAUAUUCUUAGUGAGAAUUCAAUUGAAUUAGCCUCCUCGAAAAUGUCGGAUGUCUGAAUGAUCCCAAAAAAAAAGAAAAAAAUAAUGGAAGCUGCACAUCGAUGAUGAAACUACCAGACAGAGUAUAUUGGUUUGCAACGUUUCUGUUGUACUUAAUUUCUUGGAAAGAAAACCGCUCAACAUCAAUUCUCGAAAACCUCUGUGAUUUUUUCUCUCUGUGCUGAGAAAACUUUGUGAAAACUUUAAGGAAUGAUAUUGAUUUGUUCUCCUUCAAAUAAGUAAAAUAAGAGUGGAAAUUUUUAAACAUUGCAAAUGAGAUACGUGGUUUGGUACUUUCACUGUCCUCAUGCUUACAAAUUGCAGAAUGUUAAAAUGACAAGAAAUAAACCAAAUAUUGUUUCCUGCAUGAAGGAAGGUGUCGUGAUAGCGCUCUCUCAUUAUUUACUCACCUACAUUUUAUUUGUACAAGAAACAGUGGUCUUAUAAAUUUUUUCCAAAUUAAUUUCUAGUGACUUUUUUUCACCCUUGAGAGAAGAGACUCAAAAAUUUUAAGACUAAUUCUUGUAAUAGUUCUCCUAUGAAAUAAAAAAAUGUUCGAAGAAAUACUGAAACAGUUCAGACAGUGGAUUCAAUGUUCUUUCAUGUGGGAGACAGAAAUAUUAUGAUAAUGAACUGUAAAGAAGACUAUACAAAUGCCUGUCAAUUAAAUGAAUAAUGAUCAUCUGGAAUAGCAAAUCAAUGGUUAAACUCUCAAACCACAUAUCUUGGUUUGUGACGUCGCAGACUUCCUUACACACUUCAUUUUUAAAAUAGAAAACUACUCAACAUCAUUCUUUAAAACUUUAGUAAUUUUUUUUCAUGGCAAAGAAAAUUUUGUGAAAACUUCAAGGAAUGAUGUUGAUUUGUUCUCUUUCAAACAAGUAAAAUAGGAGCGGAGAUUUUAGAACAUCGCAAACAAGAUAAAUAGUUUGAGAGUUUCACUGUCGAAAUAUCAAUGUGUAUUAAUUUGGCAAGUCCAAUCUAAUUAGAGUUGUAUUUAAAAUUCAAGAAAUUUUGCAAGGAAAUUUCUAAGGAAAUCUUCGUAAAGGUCAAAAUCGUAGGAAAAUGUAGAGAAAAGAGGAAGUUCUCCCAACAAUAAAUUUUGUAAUCAGACGUAAAACAUCAUUGUAAAAUUUGAGAUUAUUGGUCUUGUCAAAUCUCUAAUUUUGCAUGUUUUGUUCAAAUUACAAAUUGUAUGCAAGAAGUUAGGUAACUGACUUAAAAUCACUUUUAUUCUGCCAAAUUGCCUCAUACACAGAAAAAAAAAGUUUCUGAAGUAACAUCCCGAAUGUUAAAAAUCCGUGCAAUAACUCUUUCUGAUAACAUCGCCAAGGUUGUUAAUUGAACGUAUCUAGGAUGUUACUCUAACAGCCACAGUGUCCAUCACAACAUUUAAGAGGUGUCAUGCAGAUUUUUAACAUCCACGAUAUUACUUCGGCAAUUCUGUGUAGCUAUGCUUAAAUAGCAUAAAAAUUGGAUCAAGAUCUCUAAUGUCGGGGCAUCUUUUCCAUCUUUGGCUAUGAUAACAUCCGCUCUGCUGAAGGAGAGUCAAAUCCAAAAAUCAGUCCAACCUCUGCUAAUUCUGCUAAUACUUCUGCUGAUACCAUUUCGCUUUGAUAGUACUCAGAGCCCAAACAUUUUUUGUUCCCAUCUUGAAAUUGAAAUGUUCAAGCUCACGUAAGUCAAUUUCAUGAAAGACUUGUAAUUGUUCAGAGGCAAAACAUCUGAGAUAUAUCAUGUAAUCUGCAGACCAAGAUGUUAUUUUCGCCCACCUGGCAACUUUCAAUUUCCUGUGAAUUUUAUCAGUUCAUAUUUUCUGUUCGUUACCAAGUGGAAUAGAAAAAUAUGUGGUUAUAAUUUUAUGUUAUCAAAGGAUUUCAAAAUAUUGGGUUUGUGGAGAUCCCGGUCUGUUAUUUCAUUCUAUUCAGAUUAUAUUUUGUUAAUUUUUUGUUGUUAUUUUUAAAAGCACUAGGAUUUUCCACUUACUGCGGGAAGUUACUCGGAGUAGGAGUCCAUUCAAGCUCAUUUUUUCUCCUUUUUUUCAUAAUUUCUGUGUCUCUUGAGGUUAUGUUUACUCCCCCCCCCCUUUCCUUGUGAAACCUAGUUUUAUUUUUAUCGUUUAGUUUUGUUCUUAAUUUCGUUCAUUUCUCUUCCAUUCUUUCAAUCAUUGAACUCAUGGAAAAACUGAAAAUUUGGUUUUUUCUUCCCUACUAUUGUCAAAGAAAAUUUUUAAAACCAAAAAAAGGAAAAGUUGCUUUUACUUUUAGGGAAGAGGUAAAAAAAUGAAGUUAAAAAUGAAGAUGUCAUCUAUUCACAUUCAUAUUCCAAAACACAUCUCUCUAUUAUUCUCAAACUAAUCAUUCUCUCAUUAAGUCAACGUUGUAUUUCCUUUCAAUUACUGAAGUAAAAAUUAAAAUAAAUGAGAGAGAAUCUAUCAGGUAUUAGGACUAAAUUUCAUCCUGUUGUAUCGGUUAUAUCAUUGGCUGGCCAGAAUCUAGAUUUUAGAAAACAAGAAAUUUUCAUAAUGUGUCUAUUAUGAGAGAGAAAAGCAAAGAAAAAAAUGACAAAAAUUUGAAAUCGUCAUUCAUCCAAUCAUGAAGAAUGAAAGAUAUUAGGUAACCCAAAUUAAUGUCAUCCAAAAUUCAUGACAAUUAUGUCAUGUUUGUGCCCAUGAGCUUGAACAUAGCAUGUCAACCGUAUCUUUCUAUGGCUUUUGGCUAUUUUCCAAGAGUCCUCAUGAAUGUGUGAAUUGAAGGUUUGAUCGCUAUUUUUCAAUCGUUGAAUUUUUCUUUGCUAAAUCUUUGAUACUUAAAGAACAUAUUAAAAAAUUAUAAAAUACUAAGCAAACAGUAUUUUUAACCUAGAAAUCCCAAAGAAGAAUCAGUGCAUUCCCCACAAGUAUCUAAGUUAAACUUUUAAAGGCAAGAAACGGAAGUAACCUUGAUCAAAAGCAUUUUUUUGCAGUUUUUUCUAUAACGAGCUUAUAUCAAAGUAUAAUGCAUCAAGUCAUCACCUAGUGAUAUACAUAUAAAAACGACUGACAGCAGAAUUAUUUUGAAGGGAUAACAAGUUCAAAACUUAAAUGUAAACAGAAGCAUAGAAAUGGAGAAAAACCUUGUUGUCUACCAUUUACGUCAAGUUCAUUGGCUAAUAAGGAACUAUUGACUCCUUACUUGCUCUAAGCUAAGUAAAGUCAGUAGGUUUAAUUUGCAUCUCUUCGUAAAAUAUAUUUUGAUGAAAGUCACCAAUUUAUCACAUCCCCUACACAAUCCCUAACAAAUGCUUGGAAUUGCAAGGAAUUUUGUUUUAGUUAAACUUGAGUUUCAAACUAAAAUACUCGACAAUCGAAUGCUAUCUUAAACAUGAAAAAAUUACCUUGAACGCGUUUCAAAGACAUAAAUAACUUUUCUAGACGGGUUUUUUCCCCUCCCCCUCUCAUCAAUAUAAUAUUGAUGUUAAUUAGUGUGUUAUAUUUUUUCUGUUUAAAAUUGUUACUUUCGCUGUUAAAAUACAAGAUAGUCGUUUAAAACUUGUGUAGUCCGAUGCUAGUUAAGACUCGAGUAUAUAUUUGCAGUGGUAUAUUUUUAUUGUAAUAAACGGUUAAGGCCAUCAUGCCACCAUAAUGACUUGUAAAGAGAGAAGGUUGGUAAAUGAAGCAUGGACUUUAUCAUUGUACCCUCUCCGGUUAAAAGUAGCGCUUUUACAUAAAGCAGGAAAAAAAGUUGAGCUUGAUGCAAGUCGAUUUGAAAGCCAAAUUAACCAUUAGCAGAUCUAGCAAAUUGGCAACAUUGUUUUUCCCCUAUUUAAACCCAUGAAAAUCUAUCGAUUCUCGUAGGGGUUUGGUACUCCUACAAGAAUUGGUUAUUUAACAUAGGUUUCAAUGGAGGAAAUCUGGUGUUGCCAAAUUGCUGGAUCCGCCUCUGAAAUUUACAAAUGUUGCCCAAAGCAUCCGUUUUUUUCAAUAACAACAAUGGUGAAUGAUGAAGGUACCUUUGGCCUCCAGCUCAACUUAUUUCUCAAUGUUCCUGUGCUGGAAGUCUGUUACCCAUUGAUUCCGUCGCUCUGCUUAUUGGAUAUAUUUCAAUGCAGACACUGUGCAAUUAUUUUUAAAGUAAUUAAAAAGUUCUGUAGUUGAUGUGUACAUAUUUAAGUUGUAAAUCUUGAAUUUUGUAUAAUUUGUUACAAAUCAAAAUGAUAGGCAAUUGAAAUAAUGACUAGCCUGGUCAUUUUUUAUCCGAUGUGUAUAUAUUUAUAUAUUGUACUUAUUUAUUACUUUUGUCCAUUAUAUUUUAAAUAAAUUGUUUUAUUUUUAUCCUA